AUGGCAGCCAUCUACAAGAAGGGCCAGAAGAAGGAUCCAGGGAACUACAGGCCAGCCAGUCUCACCUCAGUGCCAGGGAAGAUUUUUUUAACAGAUAAUCUUGCCACCAUGUCACACACGCAGGACAGCAAGGCGGUCAAGCCCAGUCAGUGCGGUUUUAUGGAAGAAUUGGACUGGCUUAGUAACCCAAGCUUCUCUACGGAAGAUGCACUAUUACUGCAUCAGCGCACUACAGAAGUUGCAAAUCUCCCCCCUGAAAAAUCACCACUAAUAAGGACUACUUCAAGAUCAGGAGAAAGUGAUACAGAUGAGAGCCUGAAACAGUCAAGUACAAAAAGGAAAAAGAAAAAGAAAAAGCAUCACCAUUAUAAGAAGACAAAAAAGAAAAACAAAGGGGACUCCAGUAGUAGCGAAUCAGAUUUGGACACUAAGCACAUCAAGGACAAAGCCACAAGAAGUGGUAAAAAUAAUGAAAAGGAAGCAGCAGCAAAUCUAGAUAAGAAAACAUCAAAUCUUAGCAGCAAUCGCUUUGUUUGGCUUGAUGAUAUCCAGGCUUUCACAGCAGAAACCUUCAGAAUCGACAAGAAACCAGACCCUGCAAACUGGGCCUACAAAUCCCUGUACCGAGGGGACAUAGCAAGAUAUAAAAGGAGAGGAGAAUCCUGUCUUGGCAUAGAUGCAAAGAAGCAGUGUAUAACUUGGGACAGUUCUGCAUCAAAAAGGAAGCAGUUACAGAGGCAACCUGAGCGCUACUUCACAAAGAACAAUGUGAAAAUGCUGAACACAGAUGGGAUUUCUGUUGUCAAUAAAAGUUCUCCAUCUGACCCAAUUGCUUUUAUACCAGUUUCCCAAAUGGAAACUGAUGAUUCUUCCAACACAACGGAGGUAAAUCCUCUUGGGAUUUAUGAUCCAUCAACUACAGUGUGGCUAGAAGGAAAGGGGUGCAAGAGUACAGACCAUGAGCCUGUAAAUACACAGCAAACAAAUCAAGAGCCUGGGAUAAACAUGAACUCCAUUCUAAUGACAAAAGUGGAAGAACAUAACAAGAAAGUCAGAGAAAACCCAAGAGAUAUUAAUGCUUGGAUGGAAUUUGUUUCUUUUCAGGAUGAAUUAAUGAGAGGACCUAGCCCUUAUGCCAGUAAGGGAGAGCAGGAAGUAAGAAGAAAAUCACUGAAGUUAAUCUUAGAAAAGAAGCUGGCUAUUUUAGAGAGGGCCAUUGAAAGCAAUCCAAGUAAUGUUGAUCUGAAACUUGCCAGACUGAAGCUUUGCACAGAAUUCUGGGAACCGCCAGCUGUGAUUAAAGAAUGGCAGAAGCUAAUUUUCUUACACCCCAAUAAUCCAGAGCUAUGGAAGAAGUAUCUCCUGUUCUGUCAAAGUCAGUUCACUACCUUUUCCGUUUCAAAAAUCAAUAGUCUCUAUGGAAAAUGUUUGACUACCUUGGCAGCUGUACAGGAUGGCAGCAUGGUAUCACAUCCUCUGCUGCCUGGCACAGAAGAAGCUAUGCUAGCUAUAUUUAUUCAGCAGUGCCACUUUCUGAGACAAGCUGGCCAUUCCGAGAAAGCAGUGUCUUUGUUUCAGGCUCUGGUUGACUUCACCUUCUUCAAACCUGACAGUGUAAAAGAUCUGCCAACAAGGGGACAGGUGGAAUUCUUUGAACCUUUUUGGGAUAGUGGAGAACCACGAAUUGGCGAAAAAGGUGCAAGAGGCUGGAAAGCAUGGAUGCAUCAACAAGAGAAGGGUGGUUGGAUUGCUCUUAAGGCUGAUGAUGAUGAUGAUGAAGAGAUAGAUGAGGAUCAAGAAAUAAAGGAUAAAACUCUCCCCAGGUGGCAUAUUUGGUUGGAUAUUGAAUAUUCUCGUGAAGCAAGACAUUGGUUACCUUGGAGGCCAGACAAAACCAAAAAGGAAACUGAAGAAGAUUGUGAAGAUCCAGAAAGACAGGUAUUAUUUGAUGAUCUUGGACCAUCUUUAAUCCGGCUUUCUAAUCCAGGUCUUCAGCAUCAACUGCUCUACUCAUUUUUGCAAUUCCUGGGAGUUCCAUGUGCAAGUAAACUCUUUCCUUCCAACCUCUAUAUUGCCAUGGAUGAAAAUAACAUCUUUGACAGUGUGCUUUCUGAUGAAAAGCCAUUGACUGCUGUUCACUUUCCACUCUCUGGAUUCAACAGUAUUGGUCAUAUGGACACAAUGCAAGGAGGGAGACAUCAUAUAGGCCAUUAUAAGGAAGGAGAGGAGUUCAUACAGAAUGUUUUUCAUGUUCUAUUCCCACUGUUAUCAGGAAAGGAAAAAUCUGACCUGUCCAGUUGUUGGUUACAGUAUGAAAUUUCUAAGAUAGUUCAGUGUCUCCAAACAAAAAACAAGAAAAAGCUGAAAGCACAAGGGAGGAAGAGUAAAAAGUUGGCCAAGAAUCUCCUUAAAGCACCUGACAACCGAAACCACCUUUCCCUCUGGAAACUCUAUGCCUACCUGGAAUGGCUGCUUGGUAACAUUGAUGAUGCCAGGAAGGUAUUUGACACGGCGCUUUCCACGGCGGGGACAGGAGGACUGAAGAGUCCCCUGCUCUGCAGCCUCAGUCUGCUUUAUGCUCAGCUGGAAGUGGAAUUACUGGAAAGUCUAGAAGGAGCUGUUACAUCCCGUGCAGUUCAUAUCUUGACCAAAUUGACUGAAAGUGGAACAUAUGUGCCUUAUAGUGGACAAGUGUUAUCUGUGAAUGUCUUGAAAGCUCGUAAAACGUAUGAGCAUGCACUGCAGGAUUAUUUAAGUAAAACGCUGGUUUAUGAUCAGGAUCAAAUCAGUGAUACUAAUCAGCUGGUUAACUUGGUUGGUUGUUAUGCACUGUUCCAGUAUUUGACUGUUGGGAUUGAUGCUGCAGUAUUAAUAUAUGCACAGAUUUCAGGAAAACUUGAAGCCCCCGUUCCACAGAAAUUUGAAAAUACUGGAGAGAAUUUUGGCAUUCAAAACUUUCCCACUGCUCUUGAAGCUGUCACACUGCUGCAUACAAAUUUACUCAGGUUCCACAUGAAAAUUAGUGUUUAUCCUUUGAAUCCUCUGCGAGAAGCACUAACGGAGGCUCUGAAAAGGUAUCCUAGCAACCAGUCUCUUUGGAGGUCAUAUAUCCACAUCCAAAGGAAGUCCCACAGUGCUAGCAAAGCACGAAGAUUUUUUGAUGGUGUCACAAGGUCUACAAACUCUUUAGAGCCAUGGCUUUUUGCAAUCCAAGCAGAGCAGAUGAGAAAAAAACUCACUGACAGUGUCCAGAGGGCAGGAAUUGGUGAAAUACAUUCUACUAUUCCUGAAACUGGGUUAACAAACCGGAUUGUAGCUCUAUUUGAACAUGCAGUUCAGAGUGAAAAUGGUACCCAUUGUCCACUGCUGUGGAGAAUGUAUUUGAACUUCCUGGCUUCACUAGGAAAAAAAGAAAAAAGUAAAGGAUUGUUCUAUAAAGCCCUUCAAAACUGUCCUUGGGCAAAGGUACUGUAUAUGGAUGCAGUGGAGUAUUUCCCUGAUGAUCUGCAAGAGACGCUUGACCUAAUGACUGAAAAAGAGCUGCGAGUGCGGGUACCUCUGGAAGAGCUGGAUCUUCUAUUAGAGGUCUGA